UGUGUUCUCCUACUCUGCUUUGUGCUCUGCAGAUCCUAAUGCAAUACCCCGACCCUUCCCAUCUCCUUCCUCCCGAUCCCCUUGCCGUCCCCGAUUUCCUCUUUCGCCUUCCCCAUCCCCUUUCUUGAUCGAUUCUGAUAGGUUUCUGGGCUCUUCGGAGGAGGAGAUGCUGGAGGAGGAGGAGGAGGGCGGCAAAGAAGCCAUGAGGAUGGGGAAGCAAGAAGAGAGGGAGAUGGAGAUGCUGUUGAACGAGAUCCCCCGUGCUACAUCCCCUCGUCUUUAUCAUCAGCAUCCUUGUCGUCGUCGCCAUCAUCGUCUGUUCCAUAGCGAUGCUUGUGGCGGCGAUGGUGACAUGCACGCUACCCAUGGUUUGUACCUUGCCGGCCUCGACGAGUUAUCAUCGCCUUUCCAUGGGCUUCGUGAUGUCCAUGGCUAUGGGUGUUUGUGCGGUGGCAGCCCUGCAUGCCUCCCGCCCCUGCCGCCCCCUCCCUCGGAGGGGUCAUCGUCGUCGUCGGAGUCGGGAUUGCUCUCCGGCAGGCUCUCCCGGGUCGUCGAUGAAGUCGUUCGACAGCGCACGCCCACUGAUUCGCAGGACCGGAUGUUCCUGGAAUUUGGCUUGCUCGACAAGCUUAACAAUGUCCACCUCGGAGUCGAUCCAAAAUUACCAAUUGGUCAUCGACCGAUGUCGGCGUCGAUGGAACAGAACAUCUCAACCAACCCUUCUCUGUUCCAGAAUGAUUAUGGCGAUGAUGUACCGAUGGAAAGCUUUGUUCAGCGUGGUUAUGGUGCUUGCUGCCAUUCCCUUCUUCCAAACUCUCUGAUGUUUAAUGUAGAUAAGAAACCAUACUUGUCUCAGUUGCAGCAGCAUUGCCCUGUAGAUGCAGAUUUAGUUGACCCAUAUUUUGAGAAUUUCCCUUAUGGAGCAACCGAAUUGGUUGCCGGUGGUACUCUGGGAAGAAAUUCUCACUAUAAGGGAAAUUUUGGUGGAGGUUUUGCUUCCCCUAUUAAUCGUCCUUGCCCAUUUUCUGAUGUCUACUUCUCGUCGGAGAAGAUUAGAGUAGAUUCCAACUGGGAUGCCUCAAAGUUACAUCACAGCUAUCAGGUGUUGAAUAGACCAAUGAAGUCGCCCCCUGUUAAUGUAGGACCUCAGUCGGUGAGGCUCCCUAGGAACAUGGAGGCAUUUGGAUCUGAUGACAGUUUAGUUAUACAGGGGAAGGGCCUCCAUUACGUGAGGAACCAAUGGACUGAUAACCUGAAGGGGACUAAAAGAUCACAGUUUGAUGGACAGUUGCAUGCACAAAGUAUGCUUCUGACUCUUCCACUGAAGUAUGAUAAUCUGAUGGGCGUCAAAGGAUGUACAUACUAUAUUGCAAAGGAUCAACACGGGUGUCGAUCCUUGCAGCGGAAGCUUGAUGAAGGGAAGCAUCAGAUUGAUAUGAUUUUUAAUGGUGUCAUUGAUCAUGUUGUAGAACUUAUGGUCGAUCCCUUUGGGAAUUAUCUCAUGCAGAAGCUACUGGAAGUAUGCAGUGAAGAACAACUGCUGCAGAUUCUCCUCUUGUUGAAGGAAGAUCCAGCUGAUCUUGUUAAUAUCUCCCUAAACAUUCAUGGGACAAGGGCUGUGCAGAAAUUGAUAGGUAGCCUUAAAACUAGGCAGCAAAUUGCACUGGUCAUAUCAGCCAUAAAACCUGGGUUUCUAGAUCUAAUCAAAGACUUAAAUGGCAGCCAUGUGCUUCAACAUUGCUUGGAAUCUUUUAAGGUGGAAGACAAUAAGUUCAUUUUCAAUGCUGCUGCAAAGCAUUGUGUUGAUAUAGCAACACAUCGACAUGGCUGCUGUGUAUUGCAAAAAUGUAUAGCUUAUUCAACUGGAGAGGAUCAGGCAAAGUUGGUUUCAGAAAUUUCUGCUAAUGGCUAUGAACUUGCUCGAGAUCCUUUUGGAAAUUAUGUCGUCCAGUAUAUUCUAGACCUUAAAAACCCUUUAGCGACUGCAAAUCUGGUAUCUCAAUUCGAAGGGAAGUAUGUGCAGCUCUCUGUACAGAAAUUUAGCAGUAAUGUGGUGGAAAAAUGUUUGAAAACUUUUGGCGAAGAUGAUCGAGCCACUAUAAUAAUCGAAUUGCUUUCAGUAUCCCAUUUUGAUCAAUUACUGCAAGACCCUUAUGCAAACUAUGUCAUCCGAUCUGCCAUUGAAAAUUCCAAGGGCUCUCUCUACACAGCGCUACAAAAGGCCAGCCUUCCUCAUGAAGCAGCCCUCCGAACCAACCCAUACUGCAAGCGAAUCUUUUCUCGAUUACGAAUGAAGAAGUGAUGUAAAAUCUGGAAGCUGAGUGUCUGUUGUUGUUGCCAGUAGAAACAGUUGUCUUGGAGUUCAAACUGUAAGAGUGGAGGAGGUUCUUAUUUACCAAGUUGUAAGAGUUUUGUACAAAUAAGCAAUUUUGCUCCCAAUUGCUUGACUAUAUAUCUGCUAGAAUAUUCUGCCGUUA